AUCAAGCUCCGCUCUCGCGCGGAUCCGGGUGUGUUGGGUUACCUUUUUUGGGGCGCUUCAGUCCACAUUCUGGAUUAAUGUGCGGACACAGUUUCACGUGAGACGUGAAAUCUGCCCACUGGAUGCAAAUUGCCACUUGUGCUGAGUGUGUGAAUAUUUAACAGCGGGGGUGAAGCACGGCCAAAGAGGACAGGUGGAACAGUGAGUUACACACCCCUCGCGGUGUGUGGAAAAGGUCUGAAAUCGUGCUAUUGUGUGCCACAGUGCUCGACGGAGAGGUGUUAAAUCUUGUUGUGUGAUCAUCCCAUAAAAUGUGCGACAGUGCAGCGUCCGCCCACUAGACUGUCCGGAGGAGGCGAGGCGUGAAAUCCUGACGGCUGCUUCAGAUGUCCUCCGCAAUCGAGUGACAAACCCUCGAGUGUGUCUUUAAGCUAUAUUUUAGGUUUUGUGCAAAAAUGAAAAAUGUACACAUCUGCCUGGGAUUUGUGGUUCUCCUAACGGCGGCCGUGGCCUCGGUGGCCGGCGGACAGCAGCGGCCCAGCUCCAGCCAUCGCCUCGAUGUGUACAUUGCUGGCUUCUUUCCCUACGGCGACGGUGUCGAGAACGCCCACACGGGCCGCGGCGUGAUGCCGAGCGUGAAGCUGGCCCUCGACCACGUCAACGAGCACUCCACCAUCCUCCGGAACUACCGGCUCCACAUGUGGUGGAACGAUACUGAGUGCAAUGCGGCGGUGGGGGUGAAGUCCUUCUUCGACAUGAUGCACUCGGGCCCUAACAAGCUGAUGCUCUUCGGUGCCGCCUGCACACACGUGACCGACCCAAUUGCCAAGGCCAGCAAGCACUGGCACCUGACGCAGCUGUCUUACGCCGACACGCACCCCAUGUUCACGAAGGACGCCUUCCCCAACUUCUUCCGCGUGGUGCCCUCGGAGAAUGCCUUCAAUGCGCCCCGGCUGGCGCUGCUGAGGCGCUUCAACUGGACCCGCGUGGGCACCAUUUACCAGAACGAGCCGCGCUACUCGCUGCCGCACAACCACAUGGUGGCGGACUUGGACGACAUGGGAAUGGAGGUGGUGGAGACACAGAGCUUCGUGCAGGACGUGAGCGAGUCACUGCGGAAGCUGAAGGAGAAGGACGUACGCAUCAUCCUGGGCAACUUCAAUGAGACGUGGGCGCGACGCGUGUUCUGCGAGGCGCACCGACUCGAGAUGUUUGGCCGCGCCUACCAGUGGCUCAUCAUGGGCACCUACACCACGGAGUGGUGGAACUCCUCCGCGGACUGCAACCAGGAAGAUCUCCAAACCGCCCUCGAAUCCACCAUCAUGACUGAUCUGCUACCUCUCUCCACGUCCGGGGACAUCACGAUAUCAGGAAUUACAUCCGACGAGUAUCUCACGGAGUAUGACAAGCGCCGGGGCGGAGAGUACUCGCGCUUUCACGGGUACACGUAUGACGGGAUCUGGGCAGUGGCUUUGGCCAUCCAGUACGUGUCGCAGCGCAAGGAUCAGUUGAUCAACAAGUUCCAGUACCGCAUGAAGGAGUGGGAGAAUAUCUUCAUCGAGGCGCUGAAGAACACCAGCUUCGAGGGUGUCACGGGUCCGGUGCGCUUCUACAACAACGAGCGCAAGGCGUCGAUCCUGCUGAAGCAGUUCCAGGCCGGCGCAGAGGUGAAGAUCGGCGAGUACAACUCCAUGCACGGCCACCUGGACAUGUCGCUGGGCGAUCCGAUGCGCUGGGUGGGCCGGUCGCCGCCCAAGGACCGCACAUUCCUCCUCAUUGAGCACAGUCAAGUCAACAUUACCAUCUACGUGGUGCUGGCCAGCUGCUCCGUGGUUGGCAUCUUCAUGGCCGUGAGCUUCCUCGUGGUGAACAUCAAGUACCGCAAUCAGCGCUACAUCAAAAUGUCCAGUCCUCACCUCAACAACCUCAUCAUCAUCGGCUGCAUGCUCACGUACCUCAGUGUGAUCUUCCUCGGCCUCGACAGCGGCCUCAGCAGCAUAGCGGCCUUCCCCUACAUCUGCACGGCGCGCGCCUGGCUGCUCAUGGCCGGCUUCAGCCUAGCCUUCGGCGCCAUGUUCUCCAAGACAUGGCGCGUUCACUCCAUCUUCACGGACCUGAAGCUGAACAAGAAGGUCAUUAAAGAUUAUCAAUUAUUCAUGGUGGUGGGCGUUUUGCUGGCCAUCGAUUUGGCAAUCAUGACUACAUGGCAAAUAGCUGACCCAUUUUACAGGGACACUAAGCAAAUGGAACCGCAUCCCCAUCCAUCACUUGAGGACGUCCUAAUCGCCAGGGAGAACGAAUACUGCCAGUCUGAGAAGAUAACUGUCUUCAUUGGCGUCAUUUAUGCAUACAAAGGCCUCCUCCUGAUCUUUGGGGCUUUCCUGGCCUGGGAGACGCGGCACGUCUCCAUUCCCGCCCUCAACGACUCCAAGCAUAUCGGCCUGUCCGUGUACAACGUGGUCAUCAUGUGCAUCAUGGGCGCCGCGAUAGCCAUCGUGCUGUCGGACCGGAAGGAUGCCGCCUUCAUCCUCAUCAGCGUGUUCAUCAUUUUCUGCACCACGGCGACGCUGUGCCUGGUAUUUGUGCCCAAGAUUGUGGAACUGAAGAGAAACCCUAGCGGCGUGGUGGACAAGCGAAUUCGCGCCACUCUGCGUCCCAUGUCGAAAAAUCGACGGGACUCAAGCGUGUGCGAACUCGAGCAGCGCCUCAGGGACGUCAAGACAACAAACUGCAAGUUCCGCAAAGCGCUCAUGGAGCGCGAGGCCGAGCUCCAGAGUCUCAUACGGAAAUUGGGACCAGAGGCCCGGAGCUGGCUCGAUGGUAGUCUCGGCGACCUGGAGCCGCUGAAGGAUACCGCGUCGCGACUCUCAGUUCCACCAAUACGGCGCGAAAUGCCCAGCACAACGGAAACCACGGACCUCACAUCCAUUGGCAGCCUCACGUCCACGCACGCCGAUCUCGACAACUCAUUGACACCAAAUCAACGGAAACGCGUCACCACAAUCUCCUCCGGGUCGGACAUCCCCAUCACACAGCCCCUGAGGAUUGAGGAACGAUCCGUCCACUACGCAAAGCAGUGCAACGACGUCCAGCAGCAGCUGCCCAACAUGGAGCGCCGCGGCACGAUGCACGACAGCAACAAGAGCCUCAACGAGACGCAGGCCGGCAUGAAGUACUCGCCCUCGUCGAAGAAGCUGGAUUUCACCGACAUGAGUGGUGCGAACCGACCGAGGAUGAACUCGCACAUGAAUUCCUCGACGCACUCUGUGACACACUCCAACACGGAGCUCAACAACAUCUGCCCACAUGCCAAAGGUAGUACGAAAAAUGUUAGUGCUGCCGAGCAGCAGAGGCGUGUGAGCCUGCAGGUGGGCAGUGCGGCGAUCAAGGGAGGCUUUGUGGUGUCGCAGAGCGACCUUUGGGACACCCACACGCUCUCUCAUGCGAAGCAGCACCAGCGCCAGGCGGCGCGCACCUGCCAGAACGCCGUGCGAUGCCAGGAGCACGGCCACACGCCGCCGCCGCCCGCCAUGCAGCAGCAGCAGACGCAGACGCCGGAGCACCACUCGUCGCCGCAGGCGCCCAUCCAGCGCAGCGUCUCUGAGAAGAAUCGCUCCAAGCACAGGCACAAGAGCAAGACCAGCGCGUGCCAGAGCGAGACGGAUAGCGAGCGCGAGCGCGACUCCACGCCCACGCACACGUGCCAGAGUCCGGCGGCGGGCAGCCGCAAGCUGGCCAAGUCAAUGCAGCACCACGCACACCACCGCUCCUCGCCCAACGUGGCGCCCGGCCACAAGCACCGCCACCGCGCCGACAUGUACGGCGCCAGCUCCGAGUCGGAGCUGCUGGAGGACGGCGGCGACAUCCUGCCAAUCUUCCGGAAGCUGCUCACAGAGCGCGAGCCGCGCUAUCGUGGCCGCAGCAUCGUGGGCGCCAGCUGUCCCAACAUCUCCAUCAAGUGCGACAUUGUGGAGUAUCUGUAGACGGGCGCCUCCGCGACCCACCUGCCGCGCCGGCAGGCGUGUGCCAUUGUCGACCCGCGCGUAGACAAUGCCCCCAUUUUCUACCACACAACACUGUACAUAGUGUGUAAAUAGGUUCUGGCGCUCCUCCCCUUCCCACGAAAGCAUCCCUAGACAAAUGUGGAACAUUCCAGGAUAGCAUAAGUAGGUAUUUACAAUUUUAUAGGAAAAGCAUGGCAAAAAGUAGAGAAAAAAAAAACAUUAAAAUUUUAGAUAAAUACGAUGAAUUUAGUAUAAAUGUCUAGAGCUAGUGAAGUCGUCCAUAAAGAUAAAGUGACUAAAACCGACAAGUUGUGUUUUCCCGCAGUAAUUCAUUAAGUAUAUAAUUUCGAUCCUAAAAUUGUAGAUCUAAAAGUUCCCAAUAAUCAAUACGCAAUACGCGUUAAACAACUUUAACCGAUGAUUCAUUUGUGUUCAAUUCCACUGUGUAAUCAUUGGAGAUUCAGUUUUUACACAAAUACUCUCGUUUCUAUUGGAACAUUCAUAAGUAUACCACGUUUUAUUCCUUGAAGAAGCAAUACCUUUAAAAAACAAAGAGCCAAAAAUCGAGACAACUUUAUUUGAAAAUGGUAGAGAGAAGAAAACUUUGAAAAUAGUUUUCUCUCCAAGCACAAGAUAAUGAUAAUGAAGAUGUACUAAAAAUUCGCUGAACUCGAAAAAGUGUAUAGAAUAAUGCAGCAGAAACAUUGCCUACGUCAUGUGUGUAGAAAAGAUGUGCUACAGGGUCGACAAUGGCACAUCGCUGCCGAGCCUGAGAGAAACUCAAUGUGGAAUUGAUGUGAACAUACACUCGAGAGAUGAUACGAUAAGGGAGAAAUUUUCUUCUUGUUUCUUUUUAAACAUUUUUCCCACCAGUGGGUGGGAAAAAGUGUUUUGUGUGGAAGGCAGACGAAGCAUUUCGAGAGCACAUAUAUGCUCUCAAUUGCAUAAAGAGAGGCUUUUUGUUGAAUGACCGUAAUUGAUGAAAAGUCACAAGACAAGAACAACAUUACCUUGUAAGAGCACAAAGUUGCGCAAAAUGUUGCAAAGAUGUUUAACAUCAUCCACGACAGCCCAAGUGAAAAGAAGUUGACGCUAUACCACGAAAGCCCCAGCCCCAAAUUGUGGAAAACCACCCUUUUCUUUGCAAUUUAAGCAAAAUCCACUUCACCACACGCCGUGUGUGCGCUCUUUGCUCAACAGAACAGCAACAUCCGACACGUUCCUCCUCACCGACAUUUCCACACAAGCAACCCAGUCAAUGGAAAGUCAAAGCCCUGCGCCCCAUCCCUCAACAAGAGAAACCACUUUUGCCAAAAUAACGAUAAAUAACUAACAAUGAAACCUCAAUUUUCUCUGUGUAUUGUUAACGACAUUUUCGAAACGACUUUAGAGCUCAUUUUCACGUAGAAUUUUCACAACAAAAUCACCUUUCCCGCCCCUCGUGAAUGAGAUUAUAUAGUGAAUAGACGAGUAAAGGUAAUAAAGACAAAAAAAAGACAACUGAAACAAAUAUUUUAUAAAUAAUUAUACCUAUUUAAAGAUAGUGAAUUUAAUUAAAUGAGAUGUAAAUUCUUGAGUAAUAACAUUGAAUCUUAUAGAUAAUGUAAAACAUUUUGAAAAUGAAUGACAACCAGAGGAGAAAAAAUGAAAAUUUUAGCACAGAAUAGUCAUGAAUUAAAAAUGGUAAUCUAGAAGAGAAAUAGCAAAAGAAAAAUACUACAAGGUGAGAUAAGAAAAAAAAAACGAAUUAUUAGUUAAAUAAUAAUUGAUUAUUAAAAUUGUAAUGAAAAAUUAUUAUUAAUUGUGAAUGAAAAUCAUAUUCUAAAUUAUAUAAAGAGAAGAAUUAUGAGAAAAAAUAUGCGUCAAUUUUUUAAUUAGUGUCGUUUAUAGUAAUGAAAAAGAUGAAUUCAACAUAAAAUAUGUGAAACACAACAUUUUGCGAAUCUCAAUUACAAAGAAAGGAAAAUACUUUUCAAAUGAUGGCGAAAAAUAAUUAGAAGAAAAGGAGAAAAAUGUUAAGUCAAAAAGUAAAUUGUCAUAUCUUACAGGCACAAAUAUGUUUUGAAAUAUCCUUCUAAAAAACACACACACAUACACGAAUGGCUGAGGCACUCUAAGGAACAUCGAAAAUUUAGAAAUUCCAUCUUCUUAUGCCUUUUUUUCCAAAAGCUUUUAUCUUGAGCAAAAUUAUUUUCAGCCACGGAAAAAACAGAAUAAAAAAGACAAUCGAUAAAUAUUUCUGUAGGUAAUAUUUGAAGAUGAAAAAAGAGAGAAAAGGCAUUCAUAUAAGAAAAAAAAAAACUACAAUUUUGAAAACACUCAACAUUCGCACGUUAUAAGAAGGGAUAAAAUAAAAA